ACAACUUCAAUAUCUACCUCCACUUUACUGCUGUGUUAGCAAGAUUGCAACAUAGCAGGCUUGCACUGCAAAGCCCUCUUGUCACAGUGUAAAUAAUCUGAAAUGAGUAUACAGUACAUUUCCAUGGCACUUUAACCAGAGAUUGAAGGUACAUUUACUUGGAAGUAAACCUGGAUGUCAUCUCUUCGUUCUUCACCCUAGUAAGGAAUGUUUGAAUCCUAACCAUUUAAAAAAUCUUUUGUAUUGCAGCAACGCUUUUCAACUCCCCAUGAACACCCCAUUAUAUUUAUUGUGUUUUGAUACGGUUCAUCCUCGCUAGGAAGGAUUUUGCACAACUGGUUUUGUUUCCUCUGAACACGCACCGGGAGUUACUUCUUGCAUAAGUGCUCUCAUCAGUAACACAAAUAUGCAGUCUUGGCUUAAUAUCUUCCCGCUGGAGUGGGAAGCCUAUGUGAUCCCUCUGCAGUUUGCAACAGAAUAACGGGGCCUCAGUAUCACUGGUGUGCAGCUAUUUGAAUUAUGCUGCUUCCAGCUGUGACAACAGUACACUUACCCACCACUGCUGAGCAAUGAGAAGCUUCAUAUUCCUCAUUCAAACCCAAAUUGUGUAGCAUAUAAAACUGUUAUCUGAAGGCGGGGGGGGGGGGGGCAGGUAGCUGGUCGUGUGAAAAAGAAAACUGCUUGUUGCUGUCCAUGUUUACAAAAGUAAAAUAUGAUGCCACUGUUAUCUCCUUAACUGCAGUUUUCCCUGGCUAUGUUUGUUUAUUAUGCCCUCUCAUAAUUUUCCACCACAUGUAAUCCUGCGAGAUAGCUAGUUAGCAACCCAAACAUACAUGCAAGUGUAAUGAAUGAACUAAAAGGAAUAGGACCCUUUUUAAGGCAAGCGUUUUAAGUUUGGGGUGUUUGGCUGCCUUAUUCCACACACUUGCAACCAAGAGGUCUUAACAAGUAAUUCUCUACAGAGAACUAUGGCAAGCAUUAUUGCAAAUUAUGCUCCCUGGUCAAACUGGAAAUGAAGGUUGUCAUUGGCUGUUGACAAGAGUGCAUUAACACUGAGCGGUUGGUUUGCGAACCAAAGAGCAUUCAUGCCAGAUCACCAGGGGUAUCACAGAGCAAAGCGUCUGCAGAUCAAGAAACGGACAAAAAUUAAAAACAAAUAAAUGGACAUCCUUUUCUCUCCCCCCCCCCCGCACCAAGCCCUGAGGACCGCAAACCUCUUCCUUCCAAUUAGCUGUCCAAUUAGCAGAGUGCUUACUCAUAAACUAAAAUAGAUGCUGGCUUCAUAAUUAGUUUAUAUUACAUUUAAGCACCAUUCAGAAGAUUGACAUUUAACAACCUUUGUCCUUCAGCCAGAACAGAGAGUCUUAUUACUCCAAACACAAGACAAAGUACACAACUAACUGCAACUCAGCCCUGCAAAGUAAUAUGAAAUAUGAAACUAGUGAUUUUUUGCCCAGGCACUCCCACUUCCAGCACAGGAAUCCAGUUAAAGGAAAACUGCAUGAGAAAGUAACCCACAGGAAAAAGGAAGGCCUGCCAUUUCCUUCAGUAUGCCCCCUUUGCUCUUAAAAACCAGACUUCCCUCCUAUUACCUCACCCCAGCUUUAUGUACGAAUGAGGCAGUCAUAUCCACACCAUACAUUUAAAGCACUCUUCCCAAAUAAUACUGGGAACAGUAGUUUGCUAAGGGUGCUGACUGCACAGAGCAAUUCCCAACAAUGAACUACAGUUCCCAUGAUUCACCAUGCCUGUAAAAUUGUAUAAGAACACUUUUUUAAUGCUUGGUGCCGUCUCAAGACUUACAGUGUGUGUGUGUGUGUGUGUGUGUGUGUGUUUUCUCAUCCAUUUAAAGCACUCUUAAAGCACACUCCAUCUUGGCUGUGAGUCCUGAAGACCUGUUCCCUACCUUGCUGGCCAAUUUCCAGCUGGCCGGACUGACUCCAGCUGCAAAAGCUGAACAAACUCUUGGGUUGGGGUGCUGUUGGGGGGUUGUUGCUGGUUUUAUCCAUGUCUUUAUUUUAGAUCUUGGGAUUUAUGUGGAAAUAGUUGUGCAUUUUUUAAUCUUUUAUUUAUUGUUUAUGACUACCUCUGUUAUGUUAUAGUUAUGUAUUUUUCAUGCUGUAAGCCGACUUCGGCAUGGUUUAAACUGCGGAAAGGCAUCAUACAAAUAAAAUUAAGCAUGCAUAUAUAAACUCAAGAUUUGUUGCGCUCAUACACGUGUUGAGCAGAAGAUGCAAACAAGUACAUUUGCAACAGCUUUGGCUCAUUGGGGGCCACAAAUAGGUUUAGUUUUCUCGCUACCUCUACCUCAACUGUGUAAUGAAUUUUGCCAAGAGUAGCAGCAAAGCUUAGUCAGUGCAGAACUUGACAUUGUUGCAGCAAAGACACUUCCCCAAACCUCAUGAAUGUAGAGUAGCUUCUUGUGUGUUGCAAGGGGUGUUGGGGGGGAGUGCUUAACCCUUUCCCCAAACUGAAUUUUAGGUGGAUUGCUGUCAAUUCUCUCCAGCAGAUAGGAAGAGGCAAUUUCAAAUUCUGGAGCCCAAGGGGAGGAAGUGAGAAGAAGAACCUGUUAAAAUUGGGAAAACUGGCAGAUAAUGAGUUAAGCAACCCCUUUCCCACCCCCCUUCCAUUCUUUGGGAAACAAAGAGAGCCUCAGUGCCUUGUUCUGCCCACAGCAGGGAUGAGAUGCAAGCAAGCAGCAGCCGACCCGCUAUUUUAGGAGGGGCAGAAGACAUUGAGAUGACAUUACUGUAUAUAUCUUGCCCAGAGAAUCUAGGCGCUAGGGCUAAACAAAGGGUCGAGGCUUCCAGCCGAACCCCCACCACUUUCUAACCUAAUUUAACGGAGGAAACUUUCCCAGGGCCCAACAAGGCAGUUCGUCCUGAACUCUUCUCUUUAAAACAAGAGGGAGAGAAGCCAAGAAAGCAACGAGCUCCCUCAGUUUUGAACCACACGUCUUAGGAACCGAUUUUUUUUUAAUCGCCCGGAUCAGACGGCCCCAAAAUUUACGCUUUUGCUGCUGCGUUUCCUUCUAAACGCGCAGCAGAGGAGGGCGCAGAGUCCCAGCCACUCGCAGCGCGAUCCUAUGGCUCCUAACUCCGAAGAGAGCCCCGCGGAGUUCAGCGGGGCUCUGACGGCCAGGGACCAGCUUUCGGCUGCGAUCCUGCUGCGGCUGCUGCCCACGUUUUCCCUGGGGGUAGAGCGCGCCACUGAAGCGCAGGAUGGCACCGUGAGCGAGCGAGGGGACGAAAGGGAACCGAACCGAACGGCAGAUCCCCAACCUAAAGCGCACAGUCGGAUCUAACGCCUGCCUGCGCCUCGCUCCCUCCCUCCAGCCCCGCAAGAGGGUUAAAGGCAACAGGGGCAGCCCGAUCCUACGCGGAGUGAACCUCCAUCUGAACGCGAUGAACUCCCGGAGCGAGUCCCCCACCCGGGGAUUACUUCGCCCGUAAACAAGCCGAGCGCGGCGCCGAGGGAGCAACUUACCGAAAUCCCAUCAGCCUUUCUCCGAUCAAGGCGCCCAGGACCCCGACGAUGGCGAGCGCCAGCAGCUUCCCCAUGGCUCAGCCCCCGACGGUCCGCAGGCGACUGUCAGCCGGCAAGUUCAACAGGAAGUUUCCCUCCUCCCCGCCCGCCCCGGAUUAAGCCGCGGACUCGGCAGCGCCUCCCACCUGCGCGAAACCGCCCCGCCGAGCCGAGAGAGUGACCGCAGCCCCGAGGAGACGCGUCUGGGGCUGCCCUGCCCUCCGCCCCGCCCUGGAGAAGAAGAGCGGGGCGAAGGAGGCGCAGGGAACGCGGCGCGUGGAAGCGAAUGCUGGGCGAGCGGAGAGAGCGAGACUGUGCCAUGGAAGAAGCGCCGCGCAGCCUUGUCGCCAGGAGGGGAGGAGGCCAAGAGUUCGGCGGGGACGUGCCGCUUUCCCGCCCUUUCUGUGAGGCCGAGGUGGGUCUAAAGGCCUCCAGGUUUCGCUGGACUUCAGCUCCCUUCAGCACCCCCCAGCCUGGCUGCUGGUCAGAGAGGGUGGACCACAGGCUCCCCAUCCCUCAUUUAUGUAUUUUUGUUCCACUCUUCCAAACUUAACAUCAUAAAAAGACUGCCUUAUACAGUGGUACCUCAGGUAAGAACUUAAUUCGUUCUGGAGGCCCGUUCUUAACCUGAGAUACCACUUUAGCUAAUGGAGCCUCCCGCUGCCGCCACCACACGAUUUCUGUUCUCAUCCUGAAGCAUAGUUCUUAACCUGGGGUACUAUUUCUGGGUUAGCAGAGUCUGUAACCUGAAGUGUCUGUAACCUGAAGCAUAUGUAACCCGAGGUACCGCUGUACUGAGUCAGACCAUUGGUCCAUAUUAAGGUAAAAGGUAAAAAAUCCCUGAAGUCCAGUCAAAGGUGACUAUGGGGUGUGGCGCUCAUCUCGCUUUUAGGCCGAUGGAGCCGGCGUUUGUCCACAGACAGCUUUCCAGGUCAUGUGGCCAGCAUGACUAAACCGCUACUGGCACAGCAGAACACCAUGAUGGAAGACAGAGCGCACGGAAACACCAUUUACCUUCCCGCCAGAGGAAGCCUAUUUAUCUACUCUAUUUAUCUACCUAUUUAUCUACUCAUGCUGGUAGGCUUUCAAACUGCUAGGUUGGCAGAAGCUGGGACAGAGCAACGGGAGCUCACUCCAUCACGGGGAUUCGAACCACUGACCUUCCGAUCAGCAAGCCCAAGAGGCUCAGUGGUUUAGACCACAGCGCCACCCGUGCCCCUGGUCCACAUUAAGCUCAGUAGCAUCUGCACAGAUUCCAGGGUCUUAGGCAAAGAGUAUCGCCCAGUGCUACCUGGAGCCAUCUGUAUGCUCCAUCACUGAGCUAAGGACCUUAAACUCCGCACGCCAUGGACCACUUGGUAAAAUUGCCAAGGACCACAUCAUUGGUUGUAGCAAUUGCAGUGCAUGGCAUUAAAUGUCAUAUAGUUUUUGCAUUUCAGACUACAGUGCAAUGCAAUAUAAUGUGCUUCUCCACCCCAUUCAAGUCUCUUCCUCCCACUUGUCAUGUGUGCUCCAUCCUGGAGUGGCCACAUGCUCUUGCUUUUCACAGAGAUGCGAUGUGGGAACCACGCUGGCACAUGGUGGCUUGCAGCAUCUCCUGCCACACUUACCCUUGCAAUAACCUUGAAACAGGCAAACUUUUGCAACUGAGCCAUGAUUUAAACCCAGCUCUUCUGUAGUUAAACUAUAAAACUCGCUCCCACAAGAGGCAGCGAUGGCCGCCAACUUGCAUGGCUUUAAAAGAGAUUGGACAAAUUAAUGAUGGAUAAAGCUUUUGGUGACCACUAGCCGCGUUGGCCAUGCUCUGCCAAUAAUGUUUCUGAAGGCCAGUUGCUGGAAACUCCUGGAGGGGAGACUGCUCUUGUGCUUAGGCUCGCAGGUUUCCCGCAGAUAUCCGCGUGGCCAGCAUGAAGACAGGAUUUUGGACUCAAAAUCUUUGCCGGCGCCGGCGGCCUCCCCUUUCCCUGCACGCCCAUCAGCUGCACCCUGUCAACCAUAUGGCUGGCGGGCGUGAAACUUGCCUCCCAAGCCUCCACCUUCCCAAGCCUCCAUCGGAGGAGAGCGAUCCCCAUAGAGGCUUAGUAUGGAAGCUGCACUCCGCCAACUACCGUAUUUUUCACCCCAUAGGACGCACCGCCCCAUAGGACGCACCUAGUUUUUUUGGGGGGGGGGGAAUAAAGUUAACAAAUUUUUAUUUCCCCCCGAGAUACGGGGGCUAGCGCGGGGGAAGCCUGAGCUUCCCCAGCCCCCAGAACAGGCUGCCGCCCCAAGCCUUGUGCGCCCGGCGGGACCUCCCGCCGGGCGCGCAAGGCUUGCGGACAUCUGCCCGAAGCAGGGGGCUCCGCAGCUCGCCCCCUGGUUCGGGCUGCAGGCUGCCGCCCCAAGCCUCGCGCGCCCGGCGGGACCACCCGCCGGGCGCGCGAGGCUUGCGGACAUCUGCCCGAACCAGGGGGCGGGCUCCACAGCUCGCCCCCUGCUUCGGGCUGCAGGCUGCCGCCCCAAGCCUCGCGCGCCUGGCGGGACGGCACGCGAGGCUUGCGGAUAGCUUCCUGAAGCCUGGAGAGCGAGAGGUGUCAGGGCGCACUGAUGCCUCUCGCUCUCCAGGCUUCAGCGAAAGCCUGCAUUCACCCCAUACACAUUCGCACACACAUUUCCCCUUAAUUUUUGGAGGGGAAAAAGUGCGUCCUAUAGGGCGAAAAAUAUGGUAUAUGGCUGGCGGGCGUGCAGCUUCCUUCCCAAGCCUCCGCAGGAGGAGAGUGAUCCCGGCAGAGGCUUGGGAAAAGGUUGACAACUCUGGGAAAUGGGGUGGAGUGGGACGCCAGAGGGAUCUUUGCACCACAGUGCUGGAUAUGUUUAAGACAGUUCUUCCUGUUCUAAAUCCCACACUCUUACUCAUUUCACUUUACUGGCUAUUUCCUCAGGCUGCAAUUGGCAGAUUGUAGUGAUAUAGGAGCACAGUGUUUUGCAAUAUAAAUUCUCAGGAGUGCAAAGUUCAUAAACUUUAGUGUCACCAAUUUGCUGCAUAUACGGUUCCUCCAAAGAAUCUUGGGAACUGGAGUUUACCCUUUCACAGAGCUACUAUUCCCAGCACUCUUAGCAAACUACAAUUCCCAGGUGUCUUUGGGGGGAAAUCAUGUGCUUUAGGUGUAUGAUAUACUUUGCACUCACAUCCUUGACAUGUUCGGCAGUGUGUAGGGGGAAGUAUUCAAUGAUAUUAUGAACUUGCAGUCUAAAUUGGUUUUCAUGUCAUCUGCUGCUUUGUGAAAUCAAGGCCCUGGUAAUUUUAUUUCUACAAGGAAAGAUACCUGGACUUUCAGAAAGACAUCAUAUAUACCAGGCAUCCCCAAACUCAGCCCUCCAGAUGUUUUAGGACUACAAUUCACAUCAUCCCUGACCACUGGUCCUGUUAGCUAGGGAUGAUGGGAGUUGUAGUCCCAAAACAACUGGAGGGCUGAGUUUGGGGAUGCCUGAUAUAUACUAAUAGUUAGCUUAUUCUACAAAUGCCUACCCUUAGUGUAGCUAAAAUGGUACUAUCCAUACACAAGGGAGAAGUGUCAGGAGGCUCGAGGUGGGGCGACCUAUGAUUUUCUGGUGUACAAAAAGAUAUUUCGUGAGGGGAAUGAAGGGAGCUAAAAAUCCCCAAACAGCUCAGUGAGCAAUAAAUAUGCUCAGUGGGCACAGAAUACUGCUUGACUCUUCUGCAGGGAGUGAAGGAAUGGAAUGGAAUAGCCCAUGAAAGGGCAUGGCUGGCUGACCAGAAUGCUGACCAGAGGCAGUCCACACUGCAAUAUUUCGUUGCUGGUCCCCAAACUUGAAUUAAACCUUACCCUUUACUCCAGAACUCUGUUGCAGCUCAUGUUGUCAAGUACUCCAGAAACCUGGUCAGGUCUGCUUCUGUUUCCUUUUUAAAAAAAAAAUAUAUUUUUUAUUAACAGGCCAAUCAAAUCACAUUAUUUCCAAAUCACAUUAGUUCCAAAUUAUACAGCCAAAUUUUUAAAUUUUUGUUGGGGGUACCCAUACUUCAAACUCCGAAAAGGUGUCCAAACAUCACUUAUAUUGCUGCUUUAAUUAGACAAUUCUAUCCAGUUCUGUCCAGAUAGUCUCUUUGUUACAUUCCUCAUCUUCUUGUUGUUAUCAUAUAUUCCUUUCUUUGCGAUCUCUGAUAAUCUUCACAAGCGGGUUAAAAACAAACAUCCUCUGUGUGGGUUUUACACUCUCCAAAAAUCAUAUCACAUAAGGACAGCUGCCAUUUCCACACCUCCGUAAAGAGACUUUCCCUCGGUCUGUCCCUUGAUUUUCCCAGGCUUGCCAGACCUAUCUCAGAGGGCUCUGCCAAGGUCUAGAUCACAUUCCUAUAAGCAUUCACAUUCCAAUGACCCUGGUCCUCCUCCCCCAUCCUUCUUAGGCAAGCCUGUCUCGGCGAGACGCCAUUUGAAACUGCGUCAUAAAACUUUCCUCCGUUCUCCUCCGUUCUCCGAUGUUUACCAAUCCUCUCUUUGAUCGAUAAUUCACUCCACACAGUUCUUGAAUUCCUGCUUGUGAUUAAUAAAUUGCAACGAUUCUUCUUUUGGGGUGGAGGGUUAUUAAUACUCACAUAAGGCAAAGAAAAAGAAAAGUUUUUUCCUCCACCCCCCUUUCCAUUUCGCACCAAACAUACCAGUCUUUUAAUGGUGAUUCAUCACUUGAUUUAUUUGUCCCGCCCGUCGCUCCGCUCCCAGAGAUCCAUUAAUCAGCAGUCUUAACUCCCAAUCUUCGCUUGAUGUAUGUGCUUUAGCUUCUUUCCAAUUAUAUAUUUCCAAUUAUAUGUUUUGAGCUAAAGCAACCAGUGCGCUGAUUGGAGACAGCGUCCGGGAAGAGCCGACUUCACACAAGGGCUUGUGCCAAGUGUCCGCACCCCCUUCUUUCGAAUCCGGGGGUGAAUUAUGGACACCGCUGGCAAGGCAGUCUCCCCCAUCCCCUUGGGGGGGGCAGGAAGACUGCAUACUUCCCAUAGCAGCCUCUUAAUUACCUCGUGUGGGUCGGAGAGAUGUUAUUGUCGGCCAUCUUCCAAUGCGCCCCCUAGUGGCCCUCCGGUCUGCUUCUGUUUCCUUAACAGGAUUUUGAUUUGACAAAAUCAGGAGAUGGAGCUUUCUAUGCAGUUAGUCUUACCACACACAAGUCAGAGGUUCUUACCCCAUCCAGAUAAGCAAGAGGCAUUUGUACAGUUCAGGGAUGCAUUCCAGCCAGACCAGAUUUGCAUCUCCUAAGCAAGACUAAUGCUCUGCAUUAGUAUAUAGGAGAUCAGACUUUUUUAUGUUGUGGAGUUAAACAAAUAUUAAAGUACACCUGUUGUUUCUACUGCAAUCUGGAAAAUCUGGUGGUUUUGUUUGGGGUGUUUUUUUGUGCUGGGUUGUAUUUUAAUGCCUGUUUGAAAUCUUUCUUUUCAUUUAAACUGCAAGAAUGAUAUUCACACCCCUUGUAUAUCACCUCGGAUCAGUGAUCACAUUGUUGUCAUUUCAGGUGGCUCUAAGGUUUGGAUGUGUGCCACCAUGACCUUACCAUGGCAUUGUAGAGACGUUUAGCCCCACCCCUAUGCUUUCUCCUGAGACCCCAUCUCUACACAAACAGCACUGCCCAGACUUAGUCGUGAAUUUCAUUGGUAUAGAAUGCCAUGAUUUUCUAUUUAUAUCGCAUGGCACUUCAUUCUCUCCUCUGCCUUUUGAUUUUUAAACCCACCCACCCUGCCAAACAAGGAAGGUGCCAGGAUCGUGCUGUAAAUUUCAGUGACAAAUCUACAAGCCGUGUGACCAUUUCUCUGGCUGUUCAGUCAUGCUAUAAACAGGCUAUCUAGCAAAAUGCUGGGCUAAUAAAUGCCUGGGUAUUUAUGGUGCAUAUAUAGUCUACAGACAUGGCUUUUGGUGCCACAGCUAAAGCAAGCAUCCCAUUCUACUAAGCUCAGACUGUAUUGUAUGAAUCAGACUGUACUUUGCAUUUUAUUACCAUUUGACUCCACUGUUGACAUUCCCUGCACACACACCUUUUUGGGUCAGAGGGAGAAGACUGGGAAGAGGAGGGGUCGGAAGCUGAAGAGGUACUUAGUGAGCUGCCAGAGUCCGUGGCAGAGAGAAGUGCAGAAGCCGAAGCUGGCGAGUGGGAGGAGUGGCCAAGAGACACAAAAGAGUCUGGUGAAGAGUCACUGGUGUCUCUUCUGUUGUGUGAAAAGCUCCCCUCCCCCCAUCUCCCAGAACCAGAAGAGGGCUGAAACAGGCAGAGCAGUGACAGACUUCAUGGAAGCAUAGCCUCCGACUGCUUGAAAACAGCCCUGUGGAGAGGAAGGGACUUAGACGGUUGUGGGAAGGCAGGGACUUUCAGUCUUGGCAACUGAUUCAUGGGGUAAGACCUACCAGGGAUGAGCUGCUGUGCUCAUUUGGCCUGACACUAAGACAAGCUUAUAAAGAGUUUACUUCUACUUUCAACAGUGUGAUUUACUGCCAGCUCACUCUGGCAUCUAAUCCACCAAACCUACAAUAACUUGUUUAGUCUUUAAGGAGCCCCUAGACGUGGUUAUCUUUUGCCAGAUACAUAAAAUAUGUGUAUUUUACAGAACCUUUUUCUUAUCAAUUUUUAGUCAAAUCACUAUUUCUCCCCAGCCCUCUUAUAUUUAGGAUUGUGGCGCUCACUGUGUUCUUUACAUUGUUGUUGGUUUAUUUUUAACAGGACACAAAAUCCUGACUGUAAGGAGUUGUUCCAAACCUGUCAAUGUCACCAACAGUUCAGGUAACCUUUCUUUAUUCUUCUAUUCAACCUAGAGAUCAACUAUUGGGUGGAAAGAUGCUCAGUGACUACGAACAAAGGGAGGAAAACCUCUUCACAAUGCAAAGCCAAGAGGGCAAUGAGAAAAUUACAUCUGUAUUUCCACAGAAGACCCUGAAAAUGCAGUGACUCAUCACUAUGGCAACUGAGCCUAAAACAUUUUCCCCCCUGGAAAGCUGCUUGAAGUAUAUGAGUAUGUGAAGGAACAUCAUCUUUAUGGUGGCUUUUUGAUAUUCAAAGGGAAACUCAGGUAAGAAUCAGAAGAUGAGCCAGAGAAACGCAAUUUCUUCAGGUAGCUGUGAUUGGUCUUUAGAGGUUUUGUUAUUAUUUACAGUCCUUCACCUUACCUUGCUUGGAUUUCUUUUUUUAACAUGCUAUAUAUCCAUCAUUUACAAGAGAGCAAACACAACCUCUGACUGCAAUUCUAGUUUAACUACAUGUUAAAAUUCCUCUUACUGAGUUUAAGAUUUGCUCUUCUGCUGGAUCUGAGCGCAGAUAAUCCUCUCAUACAAAAUUGACUAAGAAAUGUUUGUCCACAUUUAAAUUGCUAUUUUUUUAGCAUGUGGUAUUAAAAAAAAUAUCACCAGUGGGUGGCGUUUGGCUAAGUCUGACUUAAAAUGAAGCUAGGCCACUUUUUCCCCUCAAUUCGGAUUGAAGCUGGGGUGGGGAACUCAUAAAAAUAAGGACUUUUUAUUUUUCUUUAAAAAAUGCAAACUGAUGUGGAAAUGUGGAGAAUUGAAUUUAAGAUUGGAAAAAAGUAAGAAGCUCAGAAAAAUUGAAAUUGACAGAUUCAGAUUCCUGCAUUGCAGGAGAUUUGACUAGAUGACUGAAAUAUACUCAGAGUCGAGUGUGAAUUUCAUGCUCUUUAUUCAGCUCAUAGUAGCAAUGAAUGAAACUUUCCCCAAAACGUCUAGCUGUAUGUACAUUAUUUACACAAUGGGCCCCACGUGAUUGGCUAAUUCUGGGCUGCUCCUGUAGGCCAAUCAGGUUGUGGAUUCACCUCAUCCAGAAGCCUGAUGGGCUGCUCCUGCAGGCCAAUUAGGUCGCUGAUUCACUUCCACUUGAAGCUGGAUUGGGUGGCUCCUGCGGACCAAUCAGACUGCUGAAUUCUAGAUCCUAUUGUUCUAGGAUUCAGCUCAGUACAUAACAAUGACCUUCACGGUCCCUUCCAACUCUCCGAUUCUAUGAUUUCCAUUUCUGCUGUACCAACUCUGUACCAAACUGUGCUUCAAAAAUUGAAUUGCUGUAAACUCUGCAUCACCCACCACCCACCCACCCACCCACCCACACCAUUUCUACGUAACUUCAGAGGGAUCGAAAGCUACUGGCUUGAUUUUUCAAAAAUGCUGCAUGGAUGGGCCCAAGCAGUAGCAUUAACAAGCCUAGAGCAGUUGCUAGAAACUGCAUAGCUUGGCACUUGGAGGGGGCUCCGUGAGGGUUAAUAAUAGUUUAGAGAACAUUAUUCCCAUUGCUUUAUUCUCAUUGGGUGCCAGCCUGGUCAGGACAGAGUAAGUGGCUCUACAUCCAUGACUUUAGCCUCUUGCUCACAUUUUCAUAUGCAGUGAAGGUGCCUGUUCAUAACGUUCUGUGACCAGAAUGCCACAGGGCUAGGGAUUUUGCAGAUGGGGCACCUGCGCUGCAAUCUUAUACACACUUACCUGAGAGUAAGCACCACUUAAUGGGAUUUACUUCUGAGUAGACACACCUAGGAUUGUGUUGCUGGUCCUCCAAAUCAUGAUUUAGAUAGGCAGCAGUAGACGACGUCCCAUUUUAAAGAGGAAUUUAUGUGUUUGUGUACAUAUGGGUUUUUUAAAAACAAGUUGAUACAAUAUGUAAGUUUUUGCUCACAGUGUAUCAUAACUCUCUUCUGUACGUCCCACAUGUAAAUAUCUCUCUGUGUGUGGAUAGAUAAGUAGAUAAAUAGUACUACUUUGCCAUUUAUAUACAACUUUGCAUAUACAGUGGUACCUUGGUUCUCAAACUUAAUCCGUUCCAGAAGUCCGUUCCAAAACCAAAGUGUUCCGAAACCAAGGCACGCUUUCCCAUAGAAAGCAAAAUGGAUUGAUCUGUUCCAGACAUUUAAAAACAACCCCUAAAACAGCAAUUUAACAUGAAUUUUACUAUCUAACAAGAUCCAUAAAAUGAAAGCAAUAAACAAAGUACUGCAGUCAUACAAUCAGUCUGUAGCUGAAUGGGGUUCCACACAGUCACAAAAGCAAAAAGAGCUGCAAAAACACAAACACAAAAUAAAUAGCAAAAACAGACAGACCUCAGCGUAACACUCACAAUGGAGCACCUUCGGCUUCCAAAAAAAGUUUGCAGACUGGAACACUUACUUCCAGGUUUACAGUGUUUGGGUUCCAAGUUGUUCGUGAACCAAGGUACCACUGUAUUACCUUGGUUAACCUUACCCCAACCCUGCAAAGCAGGCUAAUAUUGCAGGCUAAAAAAACUGAGGCUCCAGUGCGGAGGAGUUGAGUGUCAAUAAUCCUCAGUGGCAAAGCAAGACUUGUCAGGUUUCUAAGAAUGAACAUGCCUACUGCUUUUGUUGAGAAAUGGUGCCAGCUUUAAGAACCUUCUUACAUAUUUGCAAAGGAUAAAGUUUUGAUGAAUGAGCCAAUAGUAUGGACUAAUCCUUUGAGCAGAUUUCUCUAUACCAGCAUCAUAGAUCUGCCUGAGUUCCCCUUGACAGAAUUCAGCAUGUAGUGAGCAGUUGAUAUUUCCUUUAUAUAAAUAGAACAGGCAGGUCAGCAUUACUUGGUGUUUAAAAUUAUCUUGGCUUUGCUACACCCUAGAGAAAUUAGAACACCCUUUUAUGCAGACUUAUAAACAUACGCAUUUGGCCAUUGAAAACAAACGGGAAUAUAAUAACCCCCCACGCAGAAAACAUGACAGAAGCAAUGACACGGGCUGAAAUUGCUAAGCGACUGAAGAAAGAUUUUUUGAAGGCUUUGCAGUCAAACGACUACAGAACUCUGGAGGAGUUUUUGAUUCAGAAGCAGAUAGAUGUGGACACAGUGUUUGAAGUGGAAGAUGAGAACCUGGUUCUGGCCUCCUACAAACAAGGUAAAAAGAAGAAGUGUUGACACCAGAGUUUAAAGCUUGUGCAAUUAAGGAAACAAAUUGGCUAUUUGUAGUUUAAGAGUGUUUGUACUUUGAAGGUAUUGCUGCAUUAUCUAACCUUCUGGAUCAGAGCUCACUUAACCGGUAAGUUUGGUAUAGAGUUCCCUUUUCAGGUUCAGGACUGCAGGCCAGUGCAGAGGAGGAAGACAGAAGAAACAGCGGGGGGCCAGAAAUGUUACAAGGCAGGCCCCAAGUUAUCGAGUGUACCAAUGUAUUUGCAGCAGGUGGCGCUGUGGUCUAAACCACAGAGCCUAGGGCUUGCCGAUUGGAAGGUUGGUGGUUUGAAUCCCCACAACGGGGUGAGCUCCCGUUGCUCGGUCCCAGCUCCUGCCAACCUAGCAGUACGAAAGCACGUCACGCAAAUGUCAGCGCCCUCGGCCAGUAAAGUGAGAUGAGCGCCGCAACCCCAGAGUCGUUCACGACUGGACUUAACUGUCAGGAGUCCUUUACCUUUACCUUUUUCCACCCAGAGGUUAGAGCUGAGUAAGUCCAGUGCUUUUUUUCUGGCAGUACUCAGUGGUACGCAGUACCAGCACCUCCCUCCCACCCCCAAUCUUGUGAUUUACUUACUGUAGCAACUUCAUGAUGUGUACUGGCACUUUUUUUCCUAGAAAAAAGAAGAACUGAGUAAGGACCGUGUUUUCAACGUAGGCAGCAUCCAGAUAUUUAACCCUUGAAUGUAAAUCACUGUUUUAACUGCCCACAUAUCUUUGCAAUAUAUCUGAAAUCAGAAUUUAGAUUAAAUGCAUUAGCUACAUGCGAACCAUCCAAGAGGCUGUUUCCUUGCCCAUCCCUUGUUUCUCUGCCCCUUGCAUUAGUGGCUUGCUUUGGUUUGACAGGGCCCAAAUCAUCAGCAGAUACACGUCAGGUGACAUUUAGGAUAGCUUAGUCACAGAGUAAAUUCUGGCAGGAAUAGAAGGUGACGCUUGCAGGUUGGUGCACCCUGUGUAGCAGUCAGCACAAAGAGAAGAGGCUGCACCCACAUUCGGAGACCUUGAAAUUAUCUGCACACUGUAUCUGUAUCGAAUUUGCUCAGCCUCCUGCCCCAGCUUGACCCUCCAAGCCACUUUUCAAGCUCCCAAGCUUUCUAAGCUUUUAAGUAUAGCAAAACAAACUUACUGCAUUUCUUUGCCAACAAAAAAGGGAAAAGAAGCAAAAGCAGUCCUAUCUACUAGUGAGAGAAAAAACAGGUUUCCAACAAGAACUGAACACUUGAUAACAAUCAUUAAUUUAUCAUGUGGUAAUCUGAUUUGGCUAUUGUUUGAUUAUCUGAGCAUGUGAAACCUUUCUUCAGUUGUGUAGCUGAAAGCAAAACCUGACAAUUACAUAGUAGUUAAAGGGGAAAGUAUGCAAAAAAGCAGUAGAAUAAUAUCAGUCUUUAAAAAUGUAACUUGGAGGCUGCAGUCUUAACCAUAUCUAUCAAGAAGUGAGUCCUUUUAAAUUUAGUGGUGUUUCCUCUCAGGUUAGUGGGGUUCAGAUAGCAGCCUAACGCCCUCCACUUGAAGACCAUAAGUAGCUUUUGAGGAAACAUGGAUAGGAAUUCACUGCAAGUUGGACGUGAUGGAAGCUGGAGUCCACCCAAAAGCCGCAGGUUACCCUUCCCAGAUGUAAGACAACUGAAAACAAAUCUUGAUCUGCCUAUACAAGUUUUGAAUCUUUGUUCUGCGUAAAAUGUGUGUCUGUGAGGAGGGAUUCAAAGAGUCCCUUGCACGAGCAAUAAACACUUUUGCUAACAGAUGGGGUGUCCAUUUUCUCUCUCCAGCCCCCAGUUCCAUAUCCUUCCCAUUCCAGAGGGUUAUUCGGCCCCCAGCUUUUCAUGGGGUACAAAGGACUGCAGCUGGGAGGGAAGCCUCCCUGUGCUAGUGGAAAUCAAUUCAAAGUUCUCUGGACUGGUUGCUAUGGACAAAGGGGAAUGCCACACUGUGGGGUCAUCAGGACAGGACCUUGAGGCAGAAGCCUGCGGUUCCAUUCAUCAAACUGAGCAAGAGCCCUGCUCCCCAAAUGCAGCAGGCCCGGAUUACCACAUUUUGAAGUGAAGUAAUGCCCCAUGCCACCCAAAGCAGGUGUGGCAAACUUGCAGCCCAGCAGAUGUUGCUGAAGACAACCUGUGUUGUUAUACCUGCAUCAUCCCUGGCCGUUGGCCAUGAUCGCUAGGACGGAUGGGAAUUCUACUUCAGCAUUGAGAGGCCCAAAGGUUCAUUUGAAAACAUUUGCAGGAUUGAUUUAAAAUAUUUUGUUAGCUUAUGAUUUGAUACCUAUUUAUAAAUAUCAGAAGUAAGUCUUUUAAGUAUGGAGAUAAGGUAAACAGGGUGACUGAGAAAUGCAAAGAUAAAAGUGAUUACAUAUGGAAGUCAGGGAGGGGAUACGGGAGGAAGUCAAAGCUCAAUUUGAGCAAAGAUAUAUGUGAUGAAGGAAUGUUAUUUGGUUGUUAUAAAGGAAAAAAGAAAAUUUAAUAAACAUUAUAUGAAAAAAAAGAGAGAGAGGCCCAAAGGUUCCCCACACCUGACUUAAAGGGAGGGCACAAGGCCAUUUAGUUUGUCUCUAAAGUUUCCCGACACUGCCAGACAUUUUCAAAUGAACUGGAGCGGAAAGCAGCCAUGAUGUCAUUCCACUCCUUCAAUGUAAGGUGUGACAGUUGCAGUGUGGAAUUCAGUUACAUGGAAGUGUGAACCACACUGCCCCAGUCUGGAUACGAUUGGAAGAAGGAGGAAGUUCUGGAAUUUGAAGAUUAGCUUAUUGGCAGGAGAGAAUGAUGUUGAACCUAUGGUGCGUAUUAACAUUCUGGGAUGAAGCCAUGUAGCUCUACUGGGAUGAGGCCCAAGAGAUUCAGUGGAGGAAGGGCAAGGGGAGAAUAGGUAUUUUCUCAGGGCUGUUUGUGUAGUUUAACACUUUCUAGUCUGCAGUUCCUUCAGACAGGUGGAUUGUGGACCCUUCAAAGCAGAGACUUCUACCCUCCUUUCUCAACAUAUAAAUAUGCAAAAAAAAUCCAGAAAUAAGGAAUGGUAAAAAUUCUUAAAUGAAUAAAGAACCUCAACAUUCAUUAAGUUCAGAAACCUCAUUGGGGCAAUGCUGCCAUGAAGCAGGGUGAAGUGGCCUAACCUGCCCUGGGCUGAGUGGGGUGAUAGAUGAAGGCAGGAAUUUGAUACAGCAAGACUUCUUAAAUCAGGGAAUGGGGCCCCUGUGGCCUUCCAGAUAUCACCCCAAGCAACAGGGCCACUGGUGAGUGAUGAUGGGAGUGGUAGUCCAGUGACGUCAUUCCUGGGCCUAGUAAGAGGUGACGAGGAGGCACAAUUUGGAUUUUGCUUCAGGUAGCAAAGUGUCUUGGGCUGGCAAUGCAUUUUGGUCAAGCAAUCUUUUGCACGCUGGAGUCCCAAUGUGUGAAUGAAUCAAAUCUCUAUAUCUAGAAUGUUUUACUCCAUCUGAAAGAAGAAAUCUGACAAAAGUGCCCAAUUAUUUAUGAAUGUUUAGUUAAAAUGAAUGAGGAGUUCUGUAUUUGCAGAAGAUACGUGUGUGCAGCUGAGCAUGCAUGUUUCCUAGGGUCCCAGUCUCCACUACUUUAUGUGCCAUUUCAACCCCCCCAUUCAAGUCAUAUGCCAUGGCAGUUUUAAACCUACCUACCAGAGCCCAAUAUUUCUAUUAACUGUUUACUGAUUACUGAUUGGGAAUGAUGCUUUUGAAAGGGUCAUCAUGUACUUACCUACUUGUGCAUUUUUUUUUAAACCAGGAUAUUGGCUGCCUAGCUAUAAACUGCAACAUUCGUGGGCCACUGGGCUACACUUAUCUGUUUUGUACGGCCACCUGGAGAGCCUGAGGGUCCUACUGAAGCACAAAGCGACAAUCAACUGCCGGCCCAAUGGCAAAGCAGCAAUCCACAUAGCAUGCGAAGUGGGCAACCUGGAUUGCAUCAAGAUACUUUGCAGCCACGGAGCGAAAACCAACUGCUAUUCGCUGAGCGGUCUGGCGCCACUGCAUUUCUGUACGACAAAGCUGUCCAUUCCUUGCGCACAGCAGUUAAUCUGGAGAGGUAAGUCCAAUUGCAGGCCAUCAGCGCUGUAGCCCUUCGGAGUGCAGAGGAGAGAAUGACAUGGGUUAGCCCUCCACAUGGUGGUGGUGGGGAAGUCAUUGCGACUAGAAAGCUAGCAUGCCAGGGAUGAAUUUUGCUUUCUUUCUCCCUGUUAAGUUAGCUGUCAAAUAUAGGAGAUUUCUACAGAGCAGCCGAUUCAAAUAAAGCUGGGAGCCCUGCACGGGCAGCCACAAAUGGUAUAUUUCUUUGACAUGGUUUUAUGCACAUUUUAAUCUUUACUAAAAUAUAGUGACACUUUGUCUUCAAAUAUCUAAAGACAUACAGAAGAGAGGUAAGGCUUGAGCCCCUUUUGCAUUAUCGUUAUAAAAUACUAUCAUGCCACUUUUAACAGUCAUGGCAUCCCUCCCCCCCAAAUAUAUAUAUAUAUAUCCUGGGAACUUUCACUUGUUAAGGGGGCUGAGAAUUGUUAGGAGUCCCUUGUUCCCUAAGAUGUGCAUUAUUACAUUUAGUAAAAAGCUAUAUUAACAGUGUCAUGUUUAUCCCACAUGAUGCCAAUAACGUUGACAGCAGGACUAAGAUUGCUGCCAUGAGGAAUUGUGGGAAAGUCCAAGGGGCUCCUUAAAAAUGCGUUGUGAGCUGAAGUUCUACAUUCUGAGUGUGACCUACUUUCAGUACGGAAUGUAGAGCCAGUACACAUCCUAAAACAAUAUGGAACUACCUUGAGAGGAGAGAUAACAACAGCACUGGACUCUUCAGCUGCAAAUGAAAUGGAAGGGAACGUUUAAGUAAACCUUUACAUUAGUGUCACUGGAUUUUAUUUUAUUUUUUAAAAUCUUAGUCAAUGAAUCAUAUAAUUUUAGUUGCUUGAUCAGUCUAAACUUGCAGUUUCACCAGUUCUGGUCUCCCUUCACUUCUUAGUUGUAGCCUUGUUGUGUUUUUAAGCAUUGUUGCAAAUGAAACUUCCAACAGCAAAUGGAGAAAAACAAUAGUUCUGAGACAAGAAACAUACUUUUCUUUGUUCUUGAACUACUGGGAUUUGCAACAAAUUGUUGCAGUGUGGCUUGAUUUUAUUCAGCCGCUCCAUUCCAUCUCCCCGCAAAAGUCAGUCCAUAUUGCGUGGCCAGGCGGAGUCCCCAGAUCCCGAGCGGUCCCCCCCGUCAUGUGGAAUAACGACUCAAGACAACGUGCUAUGGGAUUAAAUUGGCCACAACUUUAUUAAAUUUCCAAUGUGGGUAGACCUUGGCUCAGGCAUUGGGCGUUCUCCCUCCCCAGUCCCCAGCCGGGGACCUAGGGAGCAUCAGGGUUAUCCAUUGUGUGGGGGGGGGAUGGGCCGGCUCUGGAGAACAGAUGUUCAAGCAGAGAUAGCCGCCCCCGUUACGCCGCCGCCGCAGGGGAGAGCAAUGACGACCUUUCGGCGUAUGGUCAAAGCCUCCCUUCAGAAACCCCUUUAACGGGGAACCCUGAUAUCGCCGCCGCAAAGAGGAAGAUGGACUAAAGGAUUCCGCCCAAGGCCUGAUACCGCCAAAGUUGUGAUGUUUUGCUAUGGGAAAGGCGAAACCUGCCAAUGCAGGGGAAUUCCUUUCCGGCCCUUUAACAGCGACCUUAACGUAGCAGCGCCCGCAUACCUGUGAAGAAAAGUUAACCUGCAAAAUAAGACAUUAACUGAGGGUGGGUAGGGUGGGAGAAGCUCUGGAGCCAAGUGAGGAUUCCCAGGUAAGAUCCUCCCUCUAUUGUGUGGGCAGGUAAUCCCUCCCCUACCUGGCCUGGUCUCCUUGGCAACGCUUCCCCAGGUGGGAUUGGACAACUGACUGAGGUAGGCGGAGACCUCCAGGUAUCCCACCUGAGGGAAGGCAAAGCCAAGCCUAUGCUGAUGGGGCCGCUCCAGAUCCAGGGGCUGCGCGCGUCCACGCAAAGGGCGCCCCCCGUUUUAAGCGGGGUGCGGUCAUUCCAUUGUCACUGAGCAAGCUCAGUCUUCAUUGGGCUAUUUUGGUGUGUCUCCUCCCACUUAUGGAUCCUUCCUUCUUCUGCAUGGGUGCUACGUAAGCAACAACAUGCCCCAUCUGAACUUCGGGGGGGGGGCGCGCGACACCUUUUAAGAUUAUUUAAAGUUUUUUUAAUGGAUUAAAACCAGCUGUGCUUUAAAUGCACAAAUGGUGAAAAGUUGUUGUUUAGAUUUUUAAAAAGCAUGUGGAAACUUCUGCAUGAAAUCAGUAGGCGGCAUAUUUAAAAGACAGAGAAACACUUCAUAUCAGGGAGGGUCAAUUUCUGUAUUCUUGAGAGUUGUCCUGUUCUCCAAGUAGAGCAGUGGUUGUAGGACCAGGAAAUAUGUGCUAGUGGUGAUGAUGAUGAUGAUGAUAACAUCUAUACCACCCUUUAUUUGAGAAUCACAGGGCAGUUUACAACAUAAAACAGCAAAAUUAUACUAUUACUGCUACUGCUAGUAGUAGGGAUACUGCUAGUAGUAGGGAUAGUUAGAUUUAGAUAGCUGCUCACCAGUAAAUAUUCCCAUGGUAGCAAACCAUUGUUAAAGCACAGUUAAUAAUGACAAAAAUCAAAAAUAAAAGUUCACAAGCUGGGGAUAGCUGAGUUGGUAGAGUAUGAGACUCACAGGGCCGUGGGUUCAAGCCCCAUGUUGGGCAAACGAUUCCUGCAUCGCAGGGGGUUGGACUAGAUGACCCUCAUGGUCCCUCCCAACUCUACAAUUCCAUGACUUUAUGAUUCUAAGACACUCACACACCUUCCACUGCACCAGAGACAACAUAAAAAACUCACUGACACAUGGGGUGCAUAUACUGAUUGUCCACUAGAUGGGGAUGUUGUUUCAAGUGAAAUAUAUAUAUGUGGAGACUUAAACAAGCCUCAGAAGGUUGCUUUGAGUUUGACAAGAUUUCUACAAAGUAACACGCAGUCCAUGAUUGUGCAUGUGGCGUCUAGCUGUGUAUAUUCAGCAAAAGAUGUGCAGGUGUGAUUGCAGCACAUGAAAACUUACAUUUGGGCCAGGUUACUUGAUAUUUACAGGUGCGUUUACAUGUAAAAGACUUGAGCAGGAUGACCAUGUGUCAUUUAUUGGAAGGUCCAAGUCAGGUUUAAAGAUGAUGAACCCCAAAAAGGGGGAGUAGGAGGGGCCCUGAAGUUGCCCAUCAACAGGUAGCAGCAUCUGGACAACAGUCAGAGAAAAAAAAUUCAGUCUUUCCCACUAUGGUGAGAUGCAUUUCUGUCUAAAUUACAGUAAUCAUUCCUAAAUUUGCAUCUAUAUGUAUACAUUAACAUUGGCCUAGGGUAAAGUAUAUGUAUUAACAUAUAAUGCUUAGCAUAUGUGGAUUAUUUUUUAUAUCCCAAUUGGUAUCUGUACUGGAUUUGAAACUGGUGUUUUUAAAAAGAUAAUUGUUUUUAACCGGGUUUUGGUAUUUUACACAUGCAACUGCUUUACAUACAUUUUUAUUGCAUCAUAAAAUUGCCUCAAGUUGUAUCACUGAAGGAGAUUGCAUAAAAUGUCCAUAUUAUUUAUUGAUUUAAUUUAUCAAAAAGGUAUCCUCUUUUUUUCUUGGAGAAUGGACAGGCAAGCAGGUAGAUGCAUUCCCUCUUUGGGAGUGAUACGUUACAUGGCCCCCUUCUAGACCAGAAUCACAAAUUUAGAAAUAUUUUUUGUUAUAAGAGUGCUUAAGGUUGUGCCAAACCCAUCUUUCCAACUUCCUCAGUUAGUGAUGGUGGGGGUGGGAAGGCAUUCAAACAUGCAAUCUUCCUCAUUUGUUCUGAGACAGACAAUCCUAAAAACACAACAUAAAGGGGGAGGGAAUAUUUCUAAUUGUGCCUUUAUGUAGGAAGUUGAUUUAUCCAUUUUAAUAAACUAAAAAGGUUCCCGCAAUUAAUUAGGCUGCAUAGUUAAACAAAUAAUAAUAAUCCAUGCACGUACUCAUAGAAAAACUGUAGAUUGCAAGCCCCAUCAUAAAAGAGGUAUAUUUUAAAUCUUUUCUGUCAUAAAGCAAGGAAUGCCGUGCCCAAGAUUAUCCCUGCUUGCAACACAUGGCUGCAUCAUCUAAAAUCAGGGGAAGUUUGUUUCUCGCAUUUCAACAAAUGCAAAUACAUGCAAAUGAAACUAGCUGAUUAAUUAAUUGAUUAAAACUCGUGCAAUUAAUUAACAUUUCUGUAGUCAGGUGGCAGUCGUGGGGGGGGGACAUUUGCCCCAGUAAAAAUUGCUGUUAUUUAUUUCAUACAGCUCAGCACGUAUAUACCAUAUUUUUCCAUGUAUAAGACUAGGUUCCCCCCCUAAAAAAUAAUGUCCAAAAUUUGGGGGCGUCUUAUACACAAGGGCCAUCUCCCCCCCCAUUUUCUUAAAUGGAGUCCCCAAAAAUACAGGUCGUCUUAUACAUGGGGGCGUCUUAUAGAUCGAAAAAUAUGGUAUGUGUCUUUAACAUGGAAAAAGAAAUAGAAAACCCCUUUCCAAUGUUCUCUCUCUCUCUUUUCCUUCAAACAGGCGCAGACGUGAAUAUAAGGACUAACAACCAAGAGGAGGAAACUCCCCUCCACACUGUUGCUCGUUAUGGUAUCCCUGAAAUGGUGGGCUUUUAUGUAGAACAAGGAGCUGCGGUUGAUUGUCGAAAUGCCCACAGAGAAACACCUCUGGCCUGUGCGGUCUAUUGGGCCCUCAAUGGCAAGGAACAGACAUACAGCACAGAUCACCACCUGAUCUGUAGGAUGCUGAUCGACUAUAAAGCCGACGUCAAUUCACGAGACGAGGAUUUCCGAACGCCUCUCCACAAGGCUGCUUGGAACUGUGACCGCGUUCUGUUAGACAUGCUACUCGAGGCAGGAGCUGAGGCCAACUUCAUGGAUGACAACGGAUGUGGCCCUUUGCAAUACGUCCUGAAAGUGACAGGUGUGCGGCCGAGUGCCCAGCCAGAAUUCUGCUUCCAGCUGCUUCUCAAUUAUGGAGCUGCCAGGAUAUAUCCUCCACAAUUCCAUAAGGUGAAAGCUUGUGUCUACGUAUUACAUACAUAUGCAUCUGUUUAGAUCAGAGAUAAGAAACUGUGUGAAUGGAAGUUUGUGGUCUUCCACCUUUCAGAUAGAUGGUAAACAUGUCCUAAUUCAGUUUGGGGGAUUGGCUGGUUUCUCAACACCAGGCCUUGCAGGUGCCCUUAAUGUUUUGCAAAAAUGCUCUUGCAUGUCUUUUGCGAGGCUUUUCGCCAUCUGGGUCUUGUAAAACCCAGAUCACAGGUCAAUGCUUUUCCUUUCUAAAUUUGAUUACAGGCUUUCUUUCUUUCUUUCUUUCUUUCUUUCUUUCUUUCUUUCUUUCUUUCUUUCACAUUAAUCUCCAUGCUAGAAAAAAGCAGAAGGAAUUGCUUUUAUAUAUUUUUACCUUGAACGCAGGCACGGGGAAGCUGUGACAGAUGAGGGUUAACAUGAGAAUUAAAAAAAAAAAUCAUUCUACAUGAAAUGCAUGCAGGUAAUUCUAACAUGAUGAGAUGAGCGCCUCUAAAACCUCUGUUUAAUACGAAUAGAGUCAGGAUGUCAAAGUUCCAAUCACUGCAUAUACUUUAAUGGCAGAAAUAGUAUGCCCCGGGUCACUUCUUCCAGCGCUGUCCUCCUAAACUACUCUGGAAAAGAUGUCUUGAGGACUGUAGGCAGCAGUUAUUUUCUUAUGGAAAGUAAUUAUUCCUCGCACGUGGUGAAAAAUUCUUUGGUGCUUCAUGUUUUUCAACUGCUAGCUUGCUUUGCCACCCUGGAUCUGGCUUCAAGUUAAUAACCAUCCAUUCAUCUGCAAAAGCAUAGAAUUGUAGUGUUGGAAGGGACCCAGAGGGUCAAUUGGUCCAACCCGCUGCAAUGCAGGAAUCUCAGCAUACAGCAGUAGAACAGAACCUCAAGCCUGGAAGCCAAAUGCGAAUCACUUAUCUGGUCCAUGUCACUCUUGCCAGAACAUGCCCCCUUCCUUCGCUGGUUCCCUUAAGCUUAGAAUCGUUCCCCACCCCUGCCAUAGAACUCUUCUUCACAACCAUGAAGACUAGAAGUUGCUUUAAAAAGCAAAAAAAGAAAGCUGAAUUUCCUUAAGGUGCUGAAUUUUCACACCAGGUACUGUAGUUACAUGGCAAUCUGUGGGUGGAUGGAAUUGGCACAGACUUAGAAUAACACCUACUGUAUGUCUCUAGGUGUAUUAAUCUGUUACAGCAAAACUAGGCAGAAGCAAACUAUGGUUAUUUCAAGCUAUUGAGUAUAGCUGGGACUGAUUCUUAUAGGAAUUGCCAAUUAACAGGGUGGUAUUCAGUGCUAAUCCUACUCAGAGUGGACUCAUUGAAGACAGCAGACAUGACUAAGGAUUGCAGUCAACAAAGCCCUGCACAGAAUAUACCUAUGGAAAUCAAUGAACCUGCAUUAGUAAUAAUUAUUAACUCCAACAGGUCAAUAACAUUGAAUGCCACCCCAGCUUGGGUUCAUUAAUUUAGCAAGUCUAUUCUGAGUAGGACUUAGUUGACUGUUCUUACUUCUCUGUACUGGAGAAGAGAAGGAAAGUGAUAUUGCUCAGUGAAGAAGGGCAAAAGCUUUAAAGAAGAAGAAGGAAAAAAACAGUUUGAGGAGAUCAGCAAAAUCCAAAUAGGUGGUUUCUGUUUCUCUUAGCAGGUUUUGCAGGCCUGUUGCUCUUAUCCCAGAGCAGUUGAGGUUAUUGUGAAUACAUAUGAACACAUCAAGUCCACAGCAAAAUGGAGAGCAGCUAUACCUGAUGAUGUCUUUGAGGUAAACACUUAAUGAUUUCUUGAGUUGCUGAUUAAAAAAACCACACAGGUAAUGUCUGUGUACUUUAAUCUGGUUCUAUGUGAAAGUGAACGUUUAGUAGGAAAUGAAAGUUGGAGAACUCUGGUUAGUCAGGGAUCACCAGCAACAACUGAAGGACACCCUCUUGGCUGCCUCUGGUUUAAACUGUAGUUAUUGAACAAGCCUGGAUCAUAAUAUACAGUUGAUCCUAUUCAGUUUCAUGUCCAAAAAAGGCUAUUUCAUUGAGUGACAGCUUCAUAACAUUGCUCUGACUUGGCCAGCUCUGUCCUGCUCAGUUAGGAGACAUCAAAUUGCAUGGGAGGAAUGUGAUAUCUAGAGCAAUUUUCAAUUGUUCUUUUAGCCGAAGUUACGCGGGGGGCGGGGUGCAUAGAAAGAUACAGUCUCACUUAUUAGGUUAUUAGGCUGCUAUUCAGAUAGGUCAGAGCUGGCCCUACCAUUGGACAUAGUGAGGCACCUGCCUUAAGGUAGCAGAUGCUGGAGAAUGGCGGCAAUGUGGAUGUGUUGGAGACCAGAAAUAUUUGUGCCUGCUGCCCUUAAGUGUGGUGGAGGGUUCUGCCGUGUCUCCAGUGCUGAAAUAAAACUGAACUGCCAGUCCAAAUGGAAUGGGGAGGUGGGUGUGGGUGUCUUGACUCAGGCGGCAAAAUGUCUUGUGCAAGCCCUAAACAGAAUAAUGGCAAGAGACUGCAUUGAGCACAGAGAAGGUAAUGACACAUCUUCUCCAUAUUUUUCCUGGAAAGAGAUUUUCCAUAGAGAGAAAGGUAUUGACCACAUUAUUUAUGCAUUAUUUUGCUUUUGCAGAUGUAUAACGAAUUCUACGAAUCUCUGUUUGAGGUGUGUGAUAACACACCAAGAUCGCUCAAGCAUCUAGCCAGAUGUGCUAUUCGAAGAAUAUUGUUCGAUCGAUGCCACAAAGGAAUCCCUUUCCUUUUCAUUCCAGCGACACUGAAGAAUUAUUUGCUCUUAGAACCAGAAGGAAUAUUGUACUGAGUUUGUCCAGCAGCCCAAUUCUGUAAAACUGGGGUUCACUUGCAUGGUAGAAGUUAUAAUCCAAGGGUUCCUUGAUAUCACCCAGAACAAAAGGUCAUGGUCAAUUUGUAUACAAAGACUUAUUUUACAUCUGUGGAUUACACUAAGUUCUUGAAUUUGCUGCAGCCUGAACACAAGCCUAUUUCAUAAUCCAUUUCACUCCCAGCUUGUGUCAAAAAGAAUAUACAUGGAACUCUGGAAAAGAAUUAGGUCAGCUUUUCCAUCUGCUUUCAAAACUAAAUAAUGACUGAGCUAUGCAUAUCAGUGCUUUGAAAAGACUAGCUUUCAGUGACCCAUACAAAACAAAUAUCAUAAAGACUUAUGCGCUAAAUUAAAAGACCAUGUUUUUAUUUGAACCUUUAGAAUGCGAUAUACUAAUAAACAACCACAUUCUCUGAGUGGAUCCUGGUGUAGCCCCAAACAGCAUCAUUCAUGUCAGGGAUGAUGGGAGAUGUAGUCCAGCAAGAGCUGGGGACUCAAGUUUGAGAAACACUUGCCUUAGGAGAUGGAUGCUUACAUGUUUAUAAAUGUGCACCAGCACUUUCUGGAAGAGAUUAUGUAAUCCAAUGACCAUUCUAGCAGGAGGUUGGCAUGUGUUUAACCGAAAGGCUGCUUCACAUGUUACAGAUUGGUGGAGUCAUUUUGUCUGCAACAAGCAGAGGGAAAACUACUUUAAAAAAGAAAAAAGCAAGGGUGUUUAUGUUAAACAGCCAUAUUGAUGAGAGAGAAAACAAGGCCUGCCACAGUUCCCCCAUGGCGUGUACAUGCAAUAAAGAGGGCCAGUCUUCCUAUCAUGGAGCUUCCCGCAAAAAAACAACUGGUAAGUAGCGUGCAAUGUCUUCAAUUAGUCCAUAAUGGCUAAACCUGCUCUAAAACAAGGAGAUUAAAGGAAAGGAGCCUGUCAGGGAGAUGGGUCUCCUGCUGGGAACAGGACAAAGGUGGG